ACGUAAUUGGCACGCUCGAAUCGCCGAGAUUCACGUACGUACGACGUGUUUUCAAUGACUGUGACAAAGAGCGGUUCGCUAGUGGCAAGUCGAAAUGGAAGGGGCGAUGGAUUUGUUGGCUGGCCGGUCAGUGUACUCUUAGCGAUGGCUGCAUCAAGUACCAACGGCGUCAUCGAUCUAUUGGAGAAGCUUCUGAAGGUCCUCAAAGAGGAACAUGUAUUCGAUCGAUCUGACGAUCAACCUGUCGUACGAUUCCGUUAUCCCGCAUAUUUACAGAAAAAGCUGAAACUCUCUUUGGACGACAAUCCAGCGAGUAGCAUGGAAAUAGAAACGGUGUUACGGCAGACUAUACGAUACUCCGUGAAAACGUCCAGUCCGCAUUUUCAUAAUCAACUCUACGCUGGAGUUGACGAGUAUGGAUUAAUUGGUGCCUGGUUGACGGAAGCACUGAACACCAGCCAGUAUACCUACGAGGUCGCGCCCGUAUUUACUCUGAUGGAGCGAGAAGUGAUACAAAAGUCACUGGAGUUGGUUGGCUAUCCGUCGAUACCAGAUGCUGACGGUAUGAUGUGCCCAGGUGGUAGCAUAUCGAAUAUGUACGGGAUGUUGUUGGCCAGGCACAAGAAGUUACCGUACGUCAAGAAAUCGGGACUCUGCUCCUUGAAAACACCCCUAGCGUGUUUCACUAGCGAAGAUAGCCAUUAUUCAAUCCUGAAAGCUGCCAAUUGGUUGGGCCUUGGCACCGACCAAGUUUAUAAGGUCAAAACGGACGAGUUUGGUCGCAUGAAAGUAAGUGACUUGAAGAGACUUCUGAUACAGGCAAAGAGCGAUGGAAAACUACCGUUCUUUGUGAACGCCACCGCCGGAACCACGGUGCUCGGUGCUAUCGAUCCAUUACCGGAAAUCGCUGCGAUAUGUCGGAAUGAAUCACUCUGGCUGCACGUAGACGCUUGUCUCGGUGGAACCCUGCUGUUCUCGGAAAAGUACCGCUUCAGGCUGAGAGGCAUCGAAUUAUCGGACUCAGUUUCCUGGAAUCCACAUAAGAUGCUCGGUGCGCCGUUGCAGUGCUCCUUAUUUUUGGUCAAGGGUAAAAACGUACUGCAUGAGGCGAAUUCCGCCCAGGCCAGGUACCUUUUCCAGCAAGACAAAUUUUACGAUGUCAGCUGGGACACGGGCGACAAGAGUGUGCAAUGCGGCAGAAAGGUCGACGCAGUGAAAUUUUGGUUAAUGUGGAAAGCCCGUGGCAAAAUCGGACUUGCGCGAUCGGUGGAACAAGCGAUAUCCUGCGCGGAAUACUUUCUGAAGCGAAUCAAGGAGACCACCGGAUUCCGGUUGGUGCAAUCUCACUAUCAGUGUUGCAACGUCUGCUUUUGGUACGUACCACCGACUAUGCGCAAUCAGAAAGAAACUCCAGCUUGGUGGAAGAAGUUGUCCGAGGUUACAACGGAGAUAAAAAAGCGCAUGACUCUGGACGGAACUCUCAUGAUUGGUUACACGCCGUUACCGCAGAAGGGGCUUGGCAAUUUCUUUCGUAUGAUCGUGAAUUGCCAACCGCCACCUACGAAAUUGUCCAUGGAUUUCGCCAUCAAUCAGAUAGAAAAAUUCGCGGCCGAUUUGUAGGAAAGAAUUCUUAAUCCUCUCCGUUCGCGAGCAAAAUGUAUGAAGGUUCUUUCGUGAAGAUUGUAUUUAAAGUACUUACGAACCGUAAAAAAAAAGAAUCUUGUCUUUAUUACAAACAAGUGCGCGGGAUAAAUGCAUCGGAUACAGUAUUCAUUACUCGCGCAUACAUGUGACCUUGAAUAAUAAUAAUUUAUCUGAUGCUCAGUAAUGUCAAACAUUGUUAAGGCGAUGCUGAACUGACGGUGGAACUCACUUAACGUCGAUACUGCAGAUUGCUGUAGAUUUUUUUUCGGCGAACUGUGGGUCGCGCGUGAGGCGAAGAUUAAGGGGAAUAGACUAGCGCACUUUGUCAAACGCACUCAUCUGUCCUUGUUUUUUUUAUUUUAGCGCCUCUAAUGCAAGAUCUCUGAACUACAAUGAACCCAAUUUCUGCUCUUUGCACCAAUACACGUGCAAAUUACAUAAACAAUUUUCAGACAUCCAUUUCUCUCAUACUAGAGCUUCUAGGACCAUUCUGCAAGCGUCGUAUUGUUCUUUUAUUUAAUUCAUACGCAGUAAACUGCUUAUUUCAUACAUACAAAGUCUAAAACUUUUAUAUAGGGCACAUGUUGUCACGAGUCGGCUGCAGAAGCCGAUAAUUAAACUAUAAUUUUUUAAUUUACUUUUGUUUUUCGUACUAAAUUAUAGUUUCCCGUGUAUGUUUUUGUUACUACUUUAAUUGCGGAAAAGGAUUUUGCGAUCUGUAAAGCCAGUUACGAGAAAUGCCUGUCCAAAAAUAUGCACGUAUAGAAACUGGUCCAGCAUCGCCUUAAGUCAUCAAAUUUCGUGACCUUACCUCACAUGUCAUUAUCUCACAUUCUCUUCCCGUGACAGAUUACAUAAACUUGCGGGAAGCAAUUAACGCGAUUAAACUUUUAAGUUCUAGAAGGCAGCGGUUCUUCCAAGUUUCAAACGAGAGAUUUGCUUCUCUCCUUGGGCCGGACAAGGAGGAAAGGUGAAUUAUUUCAGCGGUCGCAUGCAUAAACGUAAAUCGCGGGCGCGACUCAAUGUGAGCCAAUAUAUAUGCAAUCGUCGCGCGAGGUGGUGUUCAUUUCUUACAUAAUAUAUGCAUUCGCUUCAUUCGUAAAAUUACACUUAAGAAGAUGCAUUUUAUGUACAACUCCAUAACAUGGCACUACGUUACUCGAUAUAAAAUUCAAUAUUCUUUUCGAAUAAAAACAAAAAAAGACUCUUCCAAAUAUAUCCUCAGGCAAACCUACAUAAUACAUUUUGUAUUUGUACAACAACUGUAAAUAUAUAUCUAAAUCAAUCCAUCAAUCCUUGGCAGACCAAGCGCAAGCUCAAUAAAUGCGGCUUCUCUGCCUUUUGUUACUUUGUAUGAAUAUAAUCUUACAAAUACAUGAAAUAUAUAAAAAUUCA